AUGGGGUCGCGGUCGCGCAGCCCCGCGCGGCGCCGGCGGCGGCGGCCGCGAGGGUCCCGGUCGCCGCGGCGGGAGCGGAGCCGCUCGCGCUCCGCGUCCGGCAGCGAUGAGAAGCGGCGGCGCCGGAGCCGGAGCGGGGGACGCCGUCGGGAGCCGAGCCCGGGCUUGGAAUCUGGAGAUGAGAGGCAAAAAUGGAAGAAGAAAAGCAAAAGUAGGGACCAGCACCAUAAAAACCAGAAGAAGCACCGCUCACGAUCCCGGGGUCGUUCUUCCAGCUCAGGCUCAGAGAGAGAGUGCAACAAGAGGAGAGCCCGGAGCAGAGAAAGGCGGAGGAAGAGAGCUAGUUCCAAGUCUUCUGUGUCUUCUGUCAGCUCUCCAUCCCCUUCACGUUCCCAGGGCAAGGAGGAAACGCAGCAGCUGAGCCUUCAGGAGCGCUUGAGGUUGAAGGAGGAGAAGAAGAAGCAGGCUGCACUCAUGAAAGCCUUGGAGACACCUGAAGAGAAACGGGCUCGCCGCCUGGCCAAGAAGGAAGCCAAGGAGAGGAAGAAGCGGGAGAAGAUGGGGUGGGGAGAGGAGUACAUGGGUUACACCAACACCGACAAUCCCUUUGGGGACAACAACCUGCUGGGCACCUUCAUCUGGAGCAAGGCGCUGGAAAAGAAGGGAAUCAGCCACCUGGAUGAGAAGGACCUGAAAGAGAGGAACAAGCGAAUCCAGGAGGACAACCGCCUGGAGCUGCAGAAGGUGAAGCAGCUGCGCCUCGAGCGGGAGCGAGAGAAGGCAAUGCGGGAGCAGGAGCUGGAGAUGCUGCAGCGGGAGAAAGAGGCAGAGCACUUCAAAACCUGGGAGGAGCAGGAGGACAACUUCCACUUGCAGCAGGCCAAGCUGCGAUCUAAGAUCCGCAUUCGAGACGGGAGGGCAAAACCUAUUGACCUGUUGGCCAAGUACAUCAGUGCAGAGGAUGAUGACCUGGCUGUGGAGAUGCAUGAGCCCUACACCUUCCUGAACGGCCUGACUGUCUCCGACAUGGAGGAUCUGGUGGAGGAUAUCCAGGUUUACAUGGAGCUGGAGCAAGGCAAGAAUGUGGAUUUCUGGAGAGACAUGACCAUCAUCACGGAGGAUGAGAUAGCCAAGCUCCGCAAACUGGAGGCCUCUGGGAAGGGAGGACCUGGGGAGCGUCGCGAUGGCGUCAAUGCCUCCGUCAGCUCGGAUGUGCAGUCUGUGUUCAAGGGGAAGACGUACAACCAGCUACAAGUGCUCUACCAAGGCAUUGAGAGCAAGAUCCGAGCAGGUGGACCCAAUCUCGACAUCGGCUACUGGGAGAGUCUGCUGCAGCAGCUGAAGGCCUACAUGGCCCGGGCCAGGCUGCGGGAGCGGCACCAGGACGUGUUGCGUCAGAAGCUGUACAAGUUGAAGCAGGAGCAGGGUGUGGAGAGUGAGCCACUCUUUCCCAUCAUCAAGAGGGAGCCGGCCUCCCCCAGCGACAGGCUGGACCCAGAGGAGACCAUUGUAGUACAGCCGGGACCAUCCUCAGAGGCAGGGGCAGAGCCGGAGUCAGAGGCUAAGGGGGAUGCAGAAGGGGAGGCCGUGCUGAUGGAGGAGGACCUGAUCCAGCAGAGCCUAGAUGAUUACGAUGCGGGGAAGUACAGCCCCCGGCUGAUGGGCACCAACGAGCUGCCCUUCGAUGCCCAUGUCUUGGAGGCCGAAGAGGACCUACAUCGGCUGCUGCUUCUGCGUCAGCAGCUCCAGGUCACAGGUGAUGCCACCGAGAGCGCUGAUGACAUCUUCUUCCGUAAGGCCAAGGAGGGCAUGGGCGCGGACGAGGCGCAGUUCAGCGUGGAAAUGCCCCUCACAGGCAAGGCCUAUCUCUGGGCUGACAAGUACCGGCCCCGCAAGCCCCGCUUCUUCAACCGGGUGCACACAGGCUUCGAGUGGAACAAAUACAACCAGACCCACUAUGACUUUGACAACCCCCCACCCAAGAUUGUCCAGGGCUACAAGUUCAAUAUUUUCUAUCCUGACCUCAUCGACAAGCGCUCUACGCCAGAGUACUUCCUGGAGGCCUGCCAGGACAACAAGGACUUCGCCAUCCUGCGCUUCCAUGCUGGGCCGCCCUACGAGGACAUUGCCUUCAAGAUCGUCAACCGGGAGUGGGAGUAUUCCCACCGCCACGGCUUCCGCUGCCAGUUUGCCAAUGGUAUCUUCCAGCUCUGGUUCCACUUCAAGCGUUACCGCUACCGUAGGUGAGGGGCUGCUCGGCUCCCCUCUGGACCGUUGCUGCAGAGGGUGACCAGGGGAUCUGUUCGCCCGUUCACACGUACCGUGCCCUGAACGUCCCCUCUGCCUGGCCUGGUACACAGACUCCGACAGACUCGCUGAGUUGUUCCUUGUUCUCCUUCCUUUUAUUCUGAGGGAUCCUGAGACUUUGAACAAAUAAACCGGGGUUAUUUAAGCCGUGGCAUCCUGCGCAUGGGCACUGUGGCAGCCUGUGCAUCACCUUUCGGCAGUCCCACGCUGGGUCAGCGCUGGGAGCUCCCCAGUCUUGUCCCUGCUUCUCAGGGGGCUGGGUGGUGGUGAGGGUGGUCUCACCAUUACCCCUGUGCAGGCACUGUCACCCUUUUCCUGAAUGCUGUCAGCCCCUAGCAUUUCCUCCGUCUGUGCCAGACCCAACCGUGUUUCAUACGCUCCCAGUGCCUGUGCCAGACGCCUGCUAGCCGAGACGUGCCCCAGCUGGAGCUGCCGAGCCUUUCACUCCGCGAGCACGACCCUGCUGCUGUGAACCACCCCAGGCCCAGCGCAGUCCCUCGGGGCCUCAUUUUUGGCACGUCCCCGCUGGAAUCCUGCUGCCCCAGGCUGGGAGCGUGACUACGUCCCUUGACCCUGGCUGCAGGAUGAAAGGCAAUGAGCGCUGCAGGGCGUCAGCCUCCGAUGGGGUGAAGGAAAUGGAUGUUAGAUGUGAACGGGACAUCCCCUUACAGGGCAAAAUUCACUUUCCCUGGCCUGCAGUGUCUCCCCUCGUGCCUGAGCAGCUCUUGCUCUUGUGUGCGAUGGGGCUGGCGGCGCUCCCUAGAGCUGCAUCGCUGAGGCUGGAGAUCACCCGGGACCUUGCCUGGUUUCCGAUGCCUCAGCGAGGGAGUGCUGUGAGGCCCGGCUGGGAUCCGCUGGGGUCGGUCCCUCCCUGUGCUGGUCGUGGGGGCGCAGCCGUGCUUGUCUGGGGUCCACCAGCUUCCUGGUCCCUAGAGUGUCCGUGUUCCUCUGUGCUGAAGUUGGGCAGCUCAGGCACAGGAUUAGGGCAGAGCUACUUUCCUGCAGGGAUAAGCCAGUGUCGCAUCCCAGCAGUGCCGGUGUGUGAGAAACACCCGGCAGCGCAGCCUCCAGGAAGCCUUCACUUCGGCCAAGGGUUGCCGCAGCAAGGUGGUUUCCUCCCCACCGGCCUCGCUGCAUCCUGCCCCGUUACAGCCCCCACGAGUUGGCCGUGCCCCUGGCCGCGGACAGCCCUGCUGCGCAGGGGCUCUCUGGCUGCCCCAUCCCUGCCAUCUCCCCCGGGAGGAACUGUGGGGCAGAGCACUCUGCCCUGGUUGGAUGUAUCCUAGUGCCAACCCACCAAGGGAUACCCAGGACCCUUGGGGCACUGAAAGAUGGUUUCACCAGUCUCACCAUCGAUCCCAGGGCACUGGUGCCCCAGCCAAGGCCAGAUGCCACAGAAGCAGCUGCCCUGCCCCAUGCUGGGGUGAGGGGCAGCGCUGGGCUGACCUUGCCCCACACGGGCAGGCGGUGGGGAACUGCCCCAGAGAUGCUCAGUGUGUCUUUUAAAGCUGCAGCGUGCAA